AGAACAGAGGGUGUUGUCCGUCCCUCACAGACAGAUCACGAAACAUCCAACACCAAUUCUGUAUUCGUGUUUUUCUUCAUUUUUAGCCGCUGUUUUUGAGAAGGCUCUGCAUCAGAGAGAAAACAACUGUUUUUGACUGUUAACGGGCCUUUAUUUUAUACAAAGAGACCUGCAAUGUCUCUGCGAGGUGAUGUGUGCGUGGUGACGGGGGCCUGUGGAUUCUUGGGAAAGAGGCUGGUGAGGCUGCUGCUGGAAGAAGAGAAAAUGGCUGAGAUUCGACUUCUGGACAAACAGAUACAGCUGCAGUAUUUGCAGAGUUUGGAGGACUGCAAAGGUGAGACAAAGCUGCGAGCUUUCGAAGGGGACAUGAGGGACAGUGAUUUCCUGAUCAAAUGCUGCCGUGGGGCAUCGAUCGUCUUCCACAUCGCAUCCAUCAUUGACAUCAAAGAUUCAGUGGAGUACAGUGAGAUUUACGGAGUGAAUGUCAAAGGAACCCAGCUGCUUUUGGAGGCAUGUAUUCGGGAGAACGUAGCGUCCUUCAUAUACACCAGCACCAUUGAAGUUAUAGGGCCAAACUCCAAGGGAGAACCCAUAAUCAAUGGCAGUGAGGACACCGUCUAUGACAUCACUUUGGACAUCAACUACAGCAAGACCAAAAGUGAGGCUGAGGAGAAAACCCUGAAGGCCCACGGUGAGGUGCUCCAGAACGGAGGCCAGCUAGCCACCUGUGCACUCAGACCCGCGUAUAUCUAUGGAGAGGGCUGCCGCUUCCUCCUAGGCCACAUGGCCGAUGGGAUAAAAAACCGAAAUGUUCUGCUUCGUAUGUCACUCCCCGAGGCCCUUGUGAAGCCUGUCUAUGUGGGCAACGUGGCUGCCGCUCAUCUCCAAGCAGCCCGCAGCCUCAAAGAUCCGCAGAAAAGAAAUGCUGUUGGAGGGAAGUUUUACUUCGUUUCUGAUGACACACCACCUGUGAGUUAUUCAGACUUCAACCACACCGUGAUGUCUCCUCUGGGUUUCAGUAUUCAAGAGAAACCCAUGUUGCCACUCACCCUCUUCUACUUACUAACUUUCCUUAUGGAGACAGUAGCCUGGAUCCUACGGCCUUUCAUACGCAUCGUCCCACCACUGAACCGUCAACUCCUCACCAUGUUGAACACGCCAUUCAGUUUUUCCUAUGAGAAAGCCAAGAGGGAUCUGGGAUAUGUCCCCAAAUACAGCUGGGAGGAAGCACGCAAAUGCACCACUGAAUGGCUCGCCUCCCAGUUGCCAGCAGAGAGAGAAAGAAUCUUGUCUAAAUAGAUGAAAAAUGACCAAAAGUCAUUAGCAUUUUUUGUGAAACUGUUAAACAUAUAGACAUAAUUUGAAAUUAACCAUGGAAUUGUGAAGUCCUGUUUUUAAGGCUUAACUUUCUAAGAUAAGAUAAUAAACGUCAUUAACCCACAUGGGAAGUUUGAUAAAGAGUGCUACACAUACCUGCAUUCACAGAAAACAGGGUUAAGUGCUAACCUUUGAACUAAGACUAGCAAGCAUAUUAAGGAGAGUCUAGGGGGACUGACAUACAUGUAGAGCCAGCCUCAAGUGAGCAUUAACGAAACUACAGCUUUAUCAUUUCCACAUUGGCUUCAAGCUUUAAUACCUACAACAUGUACACCUAUAGACUUAUAGUUUUCCUGUGACAGUAAGCAGAAAUGUAUAGCAUGUGAAAACAGAGCAUGAGUGUUGACAUUUCUUUCAAAUGGCAUGUUUGUGAAAGUUUUUCAAAGUACACUAUGAUAACUUUGUCAUAUGUUUUUGUUCGACUGACAACACAGCCACUAAAGACACACUGUCUUAGAGCAGGAGCUGUGAAUCUGUACUGCUAGCCAUUUAUCCCAAAAUGACACAGAGGAUAAGUGCUCAAUUAAAAAACUACUGCAUGACCUGCUGUUUCUGUCUUACGCAUACUAA